GGAACACGCGGGUCCGGAGGGCCGGGGAAGGCGCGGCCUCGUCGACCGGGAGAGAGGCUGCUCUAGCUUGAGGAGCUACAAUCGAGGCGUUUAUUCGAGUACUUGAAAGAUCCGCCGGGUAGAGAACGACGUCGAGUUUUGCUUCGCUUCGUCCUUCGCAACUUCGCAUUCCUGGUAACUCCAAAGUGGCUUUAAUGCUGCUGUCGGCUGCCGCUUGUAAGCGCUGGGUUCCUGGACCCUCAAACUGAGGACGUAAAUUCUCUUUAAGGACUUUUGGACAGGUUUACUCACGGUGGCUUCCAUCCUUCAACAAAUGCCAAGCAUCCCUACAGAAACGUGAUAUAUGUAUAGCUCAGGUAAAACAUGAUUUCCGGUCCCUUUAAAACAAAGCUUUCAACAGUGUUUCCUGCCUACGCACAAUGAUUCUAAAUAAAAUCUUUUAUACUAUGCUUGGGAUCUUAACCAUGCAUUGCAGCUUUUGUUUAGUGGAUGGAGAUGCUGUGGCUCACAUCUUUCCUUCAUCCCCUUUAAUUGAAAGUGGUUCUACCUUGAAAGUUUUUUGUAGACUGGGCAAAAAACUUUUUCCAUAUAAAAAUGCAAGUCAUAUCAUCUGGACACUGAAUGAUGUUGUGAUUGCAGAAGAAAACUACCAAAUUAUCAAUGAUUCUGUCUCUGGAGUAGUUAUUCAUAAUUUCACUUAUGGAAGAGCUCACGUUAAAUGUUUUGUUGAUUCUCCGUUUAAAAAGCAACACCUGGCUCACUCUGAAGUUAGAUCAGGGUUUCCUCCACAACCUCCUGAAAUUAUUUUCUGCAUCUUUUUUUACAAAAGUGGCUCAACUCUUACUUGCACAUGGACAUAUGAAAGGAACACUGAAACAGUCUAUACUCUCACUAAACAGAUGUUAGAACCGAAUGAGGAAGAAAACUGUUCAACGAAAGGGGCUUCAACAUUAGCAGGCGAUGAGAUACUAAGCUGCUCAACCAAAAAUGAUUCAUGUACAAUAUUCAAUCAACCAAUUUCUGGUCGGGAAUAUCGUGUUCAGGUGACAGCAAGAAAUCGCUUAGGGGAAGCAACGUCUGAGCCUGUUUGCAUAAUUUCUACAAAAAUUUUGAAGACUGAUCCUCCUCGCAUAACUAAAAUAGAAACAGUUCCAGGGAUGAAGCAAACGCUAAGAGUUCAUUGGAAAAAACCUCGGUAUAUGCCUCGAAGUGCUGAGAAUAAUACAAAGUACCAAAUUCGAUACAAAUCCAUAAUGGGAAAUGGCACGAAAGAUUACUUCAUGGAAGAAGACAGUGGAACAAUUGAUCUCAUUAAUCUGUGGGAUUGUACAAACUAUACUGUUGACAUUCGGUGCGCUCAUAAUGGCUCAAAGUUUUGGAGUGAGUGGAGUGCAGAAAAAAUGGGAACAACAGAAGAACAAGCUCCCUUGAAAGUAGACUUGUGGCGUGUACUUGAAUCGCAUCAGCCCACUGGAAGCAGAACUGUGUACCUUUUGUGGAAGAAACAUGAAGAAUUCCCAUCUUCUGGAAGAAUAGAUAGCUAUAGAAUAAAGUAUUUUACAGAAAGCAAGCCUCCUUUUGAAAAAACUGUCAAUGCUAAAAAUAAUUCCUGUAAUUUUGGACUGACAGGGGAAGCCUAUGUGAUCAGUGUUGUUGCUCAUAAUAUAGCUGGAGAUUCUCCUGAGGCUGUUUUGAAAAUUCCAUCAAUACAUGAAGAAAGCAUGAAUCUCCAAAGGAUUCUUAGCUUGAAUACUUCUGCUUUAAAGGAACACUUGUUUUUGGAAUGGGAAACUUCAGAGUUAGAAAUAAAUGAAUACAUUAUAGAAUGGUAUAAUGAAUUGGAGACAGAUCCAUACAACAGAUCUUGGGAAUACAUAACAAAUGCCACAAACUGGACAUUUCCAAAAGGAACCUUCAAUCCUUAUAUAUGUUACAACAUUUCAGUGUAUCCCUUACAUAAAGGUGAAGUAAAAGCGCCGAGUUCCACCAGAACCUACUUUCAAGAAGGAAGCCCAAUCCGAGGUCCUACUGCUGUGGUGAAAUAUUUUGAUAAAAGUGAAGCUGCCAUAACAUGGGAGGAAAUUAAAAAAGCAGACAGACGUGGUGAUAUUAUUAACUACACUAUAUUUUACAAAGCUGAUGGUGGAAAAGAAUUGGGAGAAACAGUAAGUGCUGAUGUGCUAGAAUACCACCUUAAAUCCUUGCAAGCUAACACCAAGUACACAGCUCAUGUUAUGGCAAACACCAUGGCUGGAGGAACCAAUGGAACAGAGAUAGAUUUCAUCACCCAUAAACUUAGUGAGACAGAUAUUAUUCUUCUGUUUGUCAUUGUUGGAUUUUUCAUGCUGUGCUUAACAACUGUUGGGUUAUUGUGGGCUCUGAAAAGACACACGUUGAAAAAGAUUUGCUGGCCUGAAAUCCCACAUCCGGUACUACCAAGUUUUCCCAAUGGAUUUCAGGAGAAAACAAUGUUGAGAAACUCACCCUCUGAGAAUGAGACACUCAGUGUUUUGAGGGUAGAUCCUUGUGGAAAGGAUCAUGAUGAAUUAAACUUGCUGACCCUUGAAACCUCGUUGAACCAGACUGAUGUUACCUCAGACUUCUUGAUGGCCAACCAUGAGAUUUUGUGCAGUGAAGAACAUGAAUCUAUAGUACCUCUUGCACAAUCAACCUCUCUGGAGCAUGAUUUCAGGAAUCCACCAAUUCCAGUUCCAAAAGUGGAUUCUACAGAUUAUGGAGAUGAUCAGCCAGAGUUGGAGGAGAAAACUGAGUUCAACCUAUAUUUGAAAAACUCAGUCCGUACAAGAGAGUUCUUAGGCCAAAAUACAGAAGGAACAAAAGCCCAGCCAGCUUUUGUGACAGGACAGGGUUAUGUGGCACUAGAUGCAGUUAAACUGUUCUCAAAGCGUUAAUAUAUUGUCCCUGUUCAGAGUAAUUUAAUGGAGCAUGAGACUCUUAAUCUCAGGGUCGGUGUUUGAGUCCUACGUUGGGCAUUGCAGGGGUUUGGACUAG